AUGGCACCUAACAACUUCGUUAAACACCUUCGGCUCCAUGCCGUUGAGAUCUCUGGAGAGGCUGUGGGAACAUUCUUGUUCCUGCUGAUGGCCCUGUCCGCAGCCCAGGUCGCCAACUCCGAUACCUCCCACGCCGGAGAUGACAUCCACCCUGGCGAUAUCAACCUCACGCAGCUUCUGUACAUCAGUUUGGCGUUUGGUUUCUCCCUGGCCGUCAAUGUCUCCAUAUUCGCUAGGGUCAGCGGAGGACUGUUCAACCCGGCUGUCACUCUUGGAAUGAUCCUCGUUGGAAAGGUGACUUGGAUCAAGGGCAUUUUCUUGACCGGUGGCCAGAUCCUCGGAGGUGUUUUGGCCUCGGCCGUCGUCAAGGGCAUCUUCCCCGGCACCUACGUCGUCCAGACAAAGCUCGGCCAUGGCGCGUCUGUCGCCCAGGGUCUGCUGAUCGAGACUUUCCUCACCCUUGAGUUGAUGCUCGCAAUCUACUUCAUGGCUGUUGAGAAGCAUGAGGGCAACGCUCUGGCUGCCCUCGUCAUUGGGUUUGCUCUCUUUGUGGCUGAGCUGCCUGGUAUCUACUACACUGGUGGUUCUCUCAACCCGGCGAGGACCUUCGGCCCUGACCUGAUCACGCUCGACUUUGGCGCGGCGCACUGGAUUUACUGGGUUGGCCCCUUUUUGGGUGCUACACUUGCCGCUAUCUUCUACAAGUUCAUCAAGUUCUUGCAGGCUGAGGCUGCUGAGAACAGUGAUGAUACUGAGAGACAGCCUCUCCUGUCAUGA